UUCAAGAAUUACCGGUUUUGACUCGACACGUUUUAAAAGGGGAAUCCCCGAACCCUAAAAUUAUUUAUUCAACGCGGUGUCGCUCUCCCGAGACCCUUUCUUUAAUAACCGUCUCGUGUUUUUCCUUGUGGCCAGCUUAGGCAGGCAAUUUAUUGAAGCAUCCUUGUUGCAAGGGCAUAUUUUGCCGAGGAUAUGUCACUUAAUGGCUUCUAAUCUAUCUCAUCUAGAGGAAACGAGCCCAGACGACAUCCCUAAAAGUAUCAUAGUGUCAGAUAUUACUCCGGGAACCAAAGAAGAAGCCAUUGUUAUUCACUUUCAGCAGCGUAAACAUGGCGGCGGCGAUGUGAUGGCGGUGAAAUUCGCCCAAGAUGGAGACCGGGCAGUGAUCACAUUUGAAGAAGAGGAAACUGUGGAAACAGUUUUAAAGGAAGAACACAAGAUUGAAGGUGUGGUGGUUAAGGUUGAUCGGCUACCAUGCAAAAGGAAAGUGAUCAAUGACGAGAUAUUUUGUCAGGUUACAGCAAAAUUUGAUCCCGUCUGGUUGGGCAUUCCACUAAAAGGGGCGAAACAGAUUUUGGAGAAAAUAAUGGUGGCCACAGAUGUGUCCGUUCGGAGCGAUGACAAAACGUUUUUCAUAUCAGGUACCUUGAAACAAAUUAAUGAUUGCCACCUCCAAAUAACAAGGUUCUUACACGAAGACCAAGAAAUUUUUGCGCAACUAGCCAAUCUUCGCCUGACGGCCAAAGACCCUAUCGAAGGUAGUCCCGAAACGAAGGUCAUCCCUAUCAACGAAGUCAACAGCGCCGAUCAGGAAGGACGUGUACAUCUCACAAUAGAAGCACAAUGGUUUCAAGUAGAUCCAUAUGCCUUCCGUUUUAUGGAGAGGUUUUACGGAGACAAGUUAAAUGAAAUCAAUGGAGAAUUUCUUGUGGAAAUUACCGCUUCGGAUGACGGUACUCGAGUUAUACUUCAGGCUAAACAGAACUGUGAUCCCACAAGAUUUAACACUGCUUGCAGUGAGCUUUCAGAACUUAUCAAAACUGUCACCCAGGGUAUGGUUAUCAAUGAGCUGGACUUAAAAGGUGCAGACGAGGAUUCAGCUAAAGUUUUAAUGGAUUACAUUGGAACUAUGUACCCAGUAAUCAUUGACCGGCCCCACGAACACGGUCCGUUUUUUGUGUAUGGUGAUGCUGGAUCUGUAGGAGAAGCCAGGCGAACUGUGGAAGGAGGAAUGAGUCAACAGGAAAGUUACGAUACUGGCCUUGGUACUCAUGAAAUGGUAAUGGCAGCACCAGAAAUAAUUUCUUUUGAAACCUAUAGUUAUCGAUCAGAAAAUGGUGUGUGUAUCUCCCUUCGUUAUGGAGACAUCACUGCCGAGGAAGUUGAUGCAAUCGUGAAUCCUGCGAACGAAUUUUUGUCCCACGGAGCUGGCCUUGCAAGGCUGAUCGUCCAAAGAGGUGGGCUCGAAAUCCAGAAGGAUUCUGACACGUUGAGGCGAAAACGCGGCUAUCAAGCGCUACACGUUGGAGACGCUGUGCAUACAGUCGCUGGAAAUCUUCCCUGUAAGUUUGUCAUUCAUGCCGUUGGUCCCGAGUGGGCUAAACACUCACAUACGGAAAAUAUGAAACUUCUAGAGAAAGCGUGCCUUCAGAGUCUUAAACUGGCGUCUAAACUCGGUUUAUCAUCCAUCGCCAUACCAGCGAUAAGCUCCGGUAUCUUUGGUGUACCUAUUGAUGUGUGUGCCUUUGCCAUGUUAAACGCAGUGGAGGAGUAUCUCAGGAUGGCGGCGGUUACGAAAAAAGAAGAUGCAAAGAAAAAAGGGUCAAAACAAAGUAAUCAGAAACAAAUACAAACAGAUAAAAAGAAAAUAUCGACGAAGCCGCCGAAAGACAUGCCAAGCAAGACUACCGAUGAAGAAAUGGAGCGAGGAAACCCAAAAGCCGUUCUAAACGAUAUUCGUUUUGUUCUCAUUGACGCUGACUCAAUGGAUAUCUUCCAGAAGCAGUUCAUCGAGAGAUUAGGUGGUAUUAAAGAUGUCAUCACCGAUGACUUUGAUGAUGUCGAUGACGAACAUGAUGAUGAUGAAGUUUAGCGCGAGAAAAUCACGAUUCCAAUCUUAAACUAGACUCGUAAAGGGAACUGUCACUGGGGAAGCUUUGCUGUGACACAACGUUCUUGAUGAAAAUCACAAUGUCGCUGCAAACACUAUCUUAUCUUCAUCAAGCACUGGCUAGUACCGAGUUAAGAUAAUGUUUUCCUAAGCAACAGUCUUUCAUUCUAUCAUCGACAUGGGCCGUUUGACUGAAGGGCAUGGGAUAAAGGCGAUUUUUGUGACUUAAUCGGUCAUUGGAAGCUCCAUUGACUGAUGAUCACUAAACAUAUCCUCAUACUAAGCUCACAAGUGAUCAUGAUGGUAUCUACUUUGCUCAAGCCACUCUAUGAUAUUUGUAAUAUAUUUUACCACCCUUACGAUUCACUUUAAGUUAUGGAAAAUUCAAGUUGUUCGUUACAAAUAGCGCGGUUUGAUAGACCAAUGUACUGACUCUUAGUUGAUUUAGACGAUUUAGUUAACUAUGAAAAGUGGAAGCAAACUCAAACCUAGAUCUGCUUUGUCUCAUACUAUUCUUAGGUACAGUUGCGCAAGUGGAGCGUGUCGACCAAUCACAUGCAGGAUACCAUUGUACAUACUCCUACCCUACUGUUUAGAAACUAACAGUAAGCCUUUUUCAACAGUAUUCCUGAUCGCUACUGCGUUUUCCCCUCACACAGUGUGUGAAUGCUAUUUUCAAGGUGCAAAUGCAUGUGGGUGAAAGCCCUUGUACAGCGUUACGAUACUCACCUUUGAGUAUGAAUGAAGAAAAAUAGACAGAGAUACCAAGAUAAGGUUUGGUUGGCUACACAAUUUUUUUGGGUGUAUUUGUUCUCCUAAGUCAAAAACCAAGAAGAAAAGAAAAGGGAUAGUCGUGACGGUUUUAGAUAGUAUCGACGGUAGACUUCGUGUUCACUUAUAUCCGUCAAUAUAAAAAAAAGCAAGAAGAAAAGUAAAGUGCAGAAUGAAUUAAGGCUAGUUUUAAUUUAGGUCAGCAGUCAAAGCUCUCUAGAAACACUAGGCACUUACAAUUGUUAGCUUUACUGAAAUUGUCGCCAUGUUCAUUGACAGUUAAGACAGACGCACUUUACAGGGCUAGCAAGUCAUGAUAAACCGAGGCUAACAACCGAUUUAGACGCCAUGCUGCAUAUUUUAGUGUAUGAUAAUAAACUACCCUUUUCUAUUA